AUGGCAUCCAUACCAGUAGCCAUCGACCCAGUGUCGCUGGUGGUGACCGAGUGCAUCACCGUGACUUCUGCUAUGCGAAAGCAUGCUCGCUGGGCCCACUCGAGCAUCUCCUCCAUCCUCGGAUCCUCGCCUUCCAGCCACACGCGAACCACAUCCUCCGACCUCUCCUCGCAGCGAUCGAAUCGCGAACGAGAACGAACGAGGGCCAGCAGCAAGAUCGACCUCAUAGAACCAUACUUCAGCGAUUACAACAGCGCGAGCGGCACUCGUGCCAGUGAGGAGGCGUCACGAUGGGGUCUGCGAGGCAAGAAAGGCCAGUCCAUGCAGGACAAUCCGCUGAUGAGUGCUUUCGCGAAGCUGCGCUCCGAAUUGAAGGGCGUCAAGGACAUUCAGACGAUACCUACUCCCGAUUUGCUCCACCCUUUCCUGCAGGUCAUCCGGUCGAGCAGUACCACAGCGCCAAUCACGAGCUUGGCUUUGAUUGCCAUCACCAAGAUGCUGGCGUACAGAGUCGUCCACGAGGAGUGCCCUAAGUUUGCGCAUGGGAUGCAGUUGCUGGCGAGUUCUGUCACCCAUUGCAGGUUCGAGGGCGACAAUUCUCCGUCAGAUGAGGUCGUUUUCCUGCGCAUCCUAAAACUUAUGGAGGAUAUGAUAUGCGGGGCUUCAGGAAAUGUGCUGGGGGAUCAGUCAGUGUGCGAGAUGAUGGAGUGUGCUCUCUCGAUAUGCUGUCACUUGAGAAUGUCAGAAGUGCUGAGGAGAAGUGCCGAAAUCAGCAUGGUCACAAUGUGCCAGACUAUCUUCGGCAGGUUAAAAACGCUGGAAGCCGAAUUCGAGGGAGACGAGGUGGGCGACAUGGAGCAGGAACUGGGCUCAGAGGAGAUGGAAGCUGCGAAGAUUGACUCGAAUGGAGACAUGGGGCCAGAUAACAUGAAGCAAAUGCGGUCAAGCUUGACUCUUGAUGUGCCAGCGACGAAUACAGAAGCCAGACCUAGUACAGACAUGAACGCCAGUCAGAUGGAUCUUAGCUCGAGGAGUGGCGAAGAAGACGAGGAAGACGUGGACGUGAAGCCAUAUGGACUUCCGAGCAUACGAGAGCUGUUCAGAGUAUUGGCCGAUCUGCUGGACCCUCAUGACCGACAACGGACUGACACGUUACGAGUGAUGGCAUUGAGAAUAGUCAACGUGGCUUUGGAGGUCGCUGGUCCGAGCAUCGCAAAUCACCCUUCUCUGGCCAACCUGGCAAAAGACACGCUGUGCAGGAACCUUUUCCAGCUGGUAAGGAGUGAAAAUAUUGCUAUUUUACAUGAAUCGUUGCGAGUCGCCGGAACGCUUCUUGCGACAUGCCGAAGUGUGCUCAAAUUGCAGCAAGAGCUGUUCUUGAGCUAUGUCGUGGCUUGCUUACAUCCUCGAGUGCCAAUACCAGACGAGCCCAACGUCGACCCGUCGCUGUACCAAGGGGUGCCACAAGCACCGACAUUAGCACGACCGCAGCCUUCAACACCAGGUUCCAAUGGUCCUCCAGCGAGUGGUCGAUCAACCCCUGUCCCCGUUCGAGAUCGACAAAAGUUAGGCAUGGAGGGUGGAUCGAGGAAGCCAGAUGCGCGAGAAGCAAUGGUAGAGAGCGUGGGCGGACUUGUGCGUAUGCCGAGCUUCAUGACCGAGCUUUUCGUCAACUAUGACUGUGAGACGGAUCGGAGUGAUCUAUGCACCGAUAUGGUCGGCCUCCUGUCAAGGAACGCGUUCCCAGAUUCUGCAACAUGGAGUACCACGAACGUGCCGCCAUUGUGCCUUGACUCUCUCCUUGGCUUUGUUCAAUUUAUAGCCGAACGAAUAAGCGACGAGCCCGUCACGACUGGUCUGCCCGAAGUGGAGAAGCUACGUGAACAACGGCGAAAGAAGAAGGUUAUCAUCCGCGGUGCUACCAAGUUCAACGAGAGCCCCAAAGGCGGCAUUGCUUUCCUAGCCGCGCAGGGCAUCAUUGCAGAUCCGAAUGAUCCCCACUCUGUGACCAGUUUCUUGAAAGGCACCACGCGUAUUGACAAGAAAGUCCUGGGAGAAUUCAUCUCGAAGAAGUCGAACGAAGCUAUUCUCGACGCUUUCAUGGACCUGUUCGACUUUGGCGACCUCCGAGUUGACGAAGCACUUCGCCAACUGCUCAAUUCUUUCCGUCUUCCGGGCGAAUCCGCACUCAUUGAAAGAAUUGUGACCGUUUUCUGUGAGAAAUAUAUGAGAGCUGUUCGCCCCGAACAGAUUAUUGACGUCGACUCUGCCUUCGUCUUGACCUAUGCCAUCAUCAUGUUGAACACAGACCAGUACAACCCGAAUGUGAAGUCAGCCAAUCGGAUGAAAUUUGAAGACUUCCAGAAAAACCUCCGUGGCGUUAACGGAGGCAAGAACUUUGACGAAGAGUUCCUGCAAGAGAUCUACGAAGCGAUCAAGGCUCGUGAAAUUGUACUGCCAGAGGAGCACGAUAAUAAGCACGCAUUCGAACAUGCCUGGAAAGAGUUGUUGAUGAAGGUCAACACUGCCGAGAACUUGGUCAUCUGCGAGACGAAUAUCUACGAUGCAGACAUGUUCGCAGCCACAUGGAAACCUAUCAUCGCGACACUCAACUACGUUUUUGUUUCGGCUACUGAGGAUGCUGUCUUUCAGAGAGUGAUCGCAGGAUACAACCAAUGUGCACAAAUUGCAGCGAGAUAUGGCGUUUCCGAAUGCCUGGACUAUAUCAUCCUCAGUCUGGCCAAAAUCAGCACUCUUGCAACUGAAACACCGCCAAGCACGAGUCUGAAUACCGAAGUGCAAGCCAGUGGGAAGAGCAUCAUGGUCAGCAAGUUUGCAGUAGACUUUGGCCGAGAUAACAAAGCUGAGCUCGCGACGAUUGUCCUGUUCCGCAUCAUCAAUGGACACGAGGGUGCUAUUCGAGAUGGCUGGACACAGAUUGUACGAAUCAUCGUCAAUCUCUUUGUGAACUCGUUAGUGCCGACAAGCUUUACGAGCAUAUCGCGAGACUUAGAUCUUCCGCCCAUACCGCUGCAAUCGCCCGCGCAAGUCAUUGAGCGUAACGACAAGAGAAAUGACGUCGGUCUGUUCAGCGCCUUUACGAGCUAUGUCAGCAGUGUCAUGAAUGACGAGCCUCCGGAGCCAAAUGAUCAGGAAAUCGAAGCGACGCUGACCUCUGUGGACUGUAUCAAUGCCUGUCGUUUCGAGGAGAUACUCGGCAACGUCAGUGAGCUGCCGGUCAGUACCUUGAAGAGCUUGACUAUGUCCCUUCUGUCGCAUUUGCCAGAGCAGGAUUCACCAAGAGUCAUCGCUGUAAAGCCUGAGCUACCUGCCCCCACUCCAUUGCGAGGCACGGGAAGCAAAGUUCGUGAUGAACCUCCAAUGUACAAUCCUGCCGUUGUCUAUGUCUUGGAGCUUGCAACGAUAUUGGCCUUGCGAGACGAAGAGACUAUCACAACUCUGGGACCUGAUGUCGCCGAAGCCCUCACGAGUGUUACGCGAGAUGCGGAUCGACUGCACCCUGUUGCGCUGAGCCGAACGGUGUUCUAUCUGCUCAGUCUGCUCCGAGCCAGCAACGAUCAUGGCUACAUCCGCGCGCCAGUGGUGCUCCAUGCAAUCUCUUCUUUCCCCCAGCACUUACUGAAGCAAUGUGCUCUGCCGAUAUUGAAGGGCAUAUACGGCUGUAUUUCCGGGCCCCAAACAGAACUACGAAACGAGAUGGCAGCCAGUCCAGACUUUUGGAACAUCGUUCACAAUCUCCAUCAUGAAGUAGAGGCAGCAGGAUUGGUCUUCCAAAUCGUUGAAAGUGUCGUAGACGGGCCCAAUGCUGCCAUCACGCCAGACAAUUAUGAAGCCUGUGUAGCAUUACUCAAUGCGUUUGCCACCAGUGGCAGCAUUGGCGCACGAGCCGAGCAAGCCGCUCGGGGAGAGAAGUACCCACAAUCUGGUCGUAAAGGACAGAAGCAACCUCCUCGUAAGACAGACAGUACAGAGGAUGAAGGCACUCCUGAGAAGAAGAAAGUGAAGAAGCUCGAAGUUGUGGUUCGUGGCAAUCGUGCCAUUACACUCGUCUCUCACCUCGCAGGACGAGUACCUCACCUCAUCAAACAGAGCCAACUCGAAACAGAGGAGGCCUGGAAGGCGUAUUGGUCGCCCGUCUUCCGCUGCUUGGCAACACAAUCCACCAACCCAUGCCGCGAGAUCCGUCAACUCUCACUGUCGAGUCUACAACGUUGUUUGCUGUCGCCAGAGCUCGCAUCGCCAGAUCACACGGAAUGGACCAACAUCUUCUCCGAGGUGCUCUUUCCGCUCAUCCAACAGCUACUUAAGCCUGAAGUCUAUCAGACCGACCCUGUCGGCAUGGGCGAGACGAGAGUACAAGCCGCACAGCUGCUAUGUAAGAUUUUCUUACAUUACUUGGUGUUGCUUUCUGAAUGGCCUGGUGUGGGAGAACUCUGGUCUGGUAUACUCGAGGUCAUGGAACGUCUGAUGGGUAGCGGGCAGAGAGAUGGUGGAAUACUGGAGGAGGCUGUACCUGAGUCGUUGAAAAACAUUCUGCUUGUCAUGGGCAGCGGAGGCUAUAUGGUUCCGCCACCAGCCGAGGGCGAUGAUGAGCGUAGUGAGCUGCAACGAAAGCUGUGGCAGGAGACGGAAGUAAAUCUAGAGCGGUUCUUGCCGGAGCUCAUGAAAGAGGUGUUCCCGGAGAGUGUCAACCGACAAACGAAGCAAAAGACACUUACUAUUUCAACAUCUCGAUUGCUAAGGUCUCAAGAAAUUCUGCCAACCAUGACAGCAGCAGCAGCAAGAACAUCCUCCAAACUUCGAGUCCUCUGUCUCCACGGCUACACCUCCAACUCCCAAGUCCACGCACACCAGCUCCGCCGCCUCACAUCAGCUCUCUCAUCCGAUUAUGAGUUUCUCUUCCCUGACGGACCACACAAAGUCGACCUCAGCUCCUCCUCCCCUACCUCCGCAAUGGACAUGUCAAAGCCCGCAAAUCAAGUCUGGCACGAACUCGUGCAGGGUCUGAGUCCGCGUAGUGCGGAAAUCGGGCAUCGUGCGUGGUGGUUUGCGCGAGACCCUGAGUGGAAAACGAAACGUCAGGGAAGGUUUGAGGGGUUAGAGGAGACGUUUGAGUAUUUGGGUAGGUGGUUAAGAGAGCAUGGGGGGCCUGUGGAUGCGGUUUGGGGGUUUAGUCAAGGAGGGUGUUUGGCGGGGAUGGUGGUGGCUUUGUUGCAGAAUUCGCAGAGAGGGCAUGUUUUGAGGAGGAAAUUGGGGGUGGAUGAUGAUGGUAGUGAUGAUGGAAGUACGGAGGUCAAGGCUGGAGUGGUUUUUGCGGGGUUUCGAGCGAGGUUUGAGGUGUAUGAUGAUGUUUAUGAACCGUAUGGGAUUGAAACGCCUGUCUUGCAUGUCAUGGGGAAUCAGGAUCCGUUGGUGGAUAGUGAGAGGGGUGAGGCGCUCAUGAGGGUUUGUAAGCGAGAAGAGGUUUUGAGGUUUGAGGGAGGGCAUGAUAUUCCGAAAGGGGAGAGGGAGGUAGAGAGGAUUGUGGCCUUUAUGAGGAGAUAUGUUGAUGCAGGUCGAGGGAGAGAGAAGAGUGGGAAGGAGCAGGCGAGUAUGUAGGUAGUGUUGUUGGAGGAGGCGGCAUUGAUCGAGUGACCCAUGUCAGGGUAAGCAUACGAUUAGAAUUGGGCAUGAAGCCACAGUAGGAACAUGUAGGUAGAAACGCCGUAGUCGUCUGUGAAAUAUAUUAGACUCAAAUCGACAGGUACAUGUAGUGGAAGGUCU